CUCUUUUCUUCUUUCACUUAUCAAGAGAGAUGGUUCUAAGUGGUAAGCUGGUUAAACAGGUUUCAAUCAGACUAGACGGGGAUCUGUUUUAUGAAAUAUAUAAAAUAUAAACAACACAGUAUAUCUGAAAUGAGUCCCGGUAGCAUAAAAGAUGUUGAUUUGCAUGAUGGUGAAUGGGGUGUCGUUGGAUCAGUCAUCAUUUGGAACUUUAUCCAUGAUGGUAAGGAAAAAGUGGUUAAAGAAGUGAUUCAAGCGAUCGAUGAUGAUAGAAGAUCGUUGUCUUUCAAGGUGAUUGGGGGUGAUUUAAUGGAGGCUUACAAGGCCUUCUUGGUAACAAUACACGUGGACAUCAUGGGAGAAGGGAACUUGGUAACUUGGACUUUCGACUAUGAGAAAGUCAAAGAAAAUAUUGAAGACCCACGCACUUUGAUGGAUUUAUGCCUUAGUGUCACCAAAGAUAUUGAGAACAGUCACAUCGUUAACUCAAAUUAA